CAACAUCAGGCUGAACAAUAUUUAAAGACAGUCAUAGUCAAGGUUUACCCAUUAAACGCUAUGGAUAAAUUGGGAUCAUACAUUUCCUCUGCUGAGUCUCUUGCUAAUACCAUCGGAGGAACAUCGGGCGCGGGACAGCUUGAUCGUGGUAACGGAAAAAUAGUCAACUGGUCGUUCAAAGGACAACGCAUGGGCUUUGAAUGGAAGUACAUCGGGAUAUGUGUGGACCAAGCCACUGGGGAGACAACCACAGUCGUCAAACAAAGCAGAGCUGGCUCCAUAGAGCACUCCAUGAGGGACCUGUUUCAGAGACUGGCUGCCAGAAACGCCUUAUAAACGGUCUUUAGCAAGAGGGCUGGAUUUUUUAAGACUAUUUUUAUUUUAUUUAGAAGAAGAGCCUUUAUACGAUAUAGGAAAAUAUUAUAUUGUGUAUCGCGUUACUUGUUGGUGAUUGAAUGUCCGAGCAAUAUUAGGACAAGUGUAUGGCAUAGAGAUUCUUUGGAAUUCUGUAUUUUAUGAUACUGCAUGCCAUGGCUAAAGUUUGCAAAUUGCCAAGUUCAGAUUGUACAAUGUACGUUCAAGUAUUUAAGAACACAACAAAAAAGAGUUAAAAUAUUUGUAUUUUGCUACGAAAUGAUUAUAAUCACUUCAUAUUUUUGGUUUUUAUAGUGACUUGUGCAUAUCACAUGUCGAAUGGACAAUUAAUUGUUUUAAAAAUUAACAUUUUAAAACGCAAUAUAAACUACUACCUCAUUCAUGUAAAUUUAUAACUUAUAAUAUUUUUAUCAGUACUAGAUUUUGAUUCAACGUUUGAACAAAUAAAUGUACAAUGUGUGACUUAUUAAAUAAUCUAAGCCAACUGAA